GGAUGCGUUAAGCGACAUUCGAGCUGAAUAUUCAAAAUUUGUGGAAUAUUGUGAAAAACUGCCUAGGGUAACACUUGUUUUUUUGGAGCUGCCUCAUUAUUCUAUUUCGCAAUGGAAUCAUAUUAAAUGUCAAACAAGUAUAGAGGAAUACAAAGAACAAGAUCAGGAGUUAUUGGUCAGAGUUGCUUCUGUAAAUACUCAUAUUCGAACCUUAAACUCAUCUACAGGCAUUCACUCACCGAAAUUUGCAUCGGAUGUGCUGAACAAUAGGAAGAGCAAAGGAAAACAACAUUAUUAUUCGCUCAAUCGGAAAUUGUUGAAGGAUGGAGUACACCCAGUACCACUUCUAGCACAUGCUUGGAUGCGACGGUUACUUAUUCGCAUGUACAUUGAUUGUUUCCGUUAACAUUAUACAUUAUCCAUUCGGGGUCGGGGUAUUGUAUUGGUUGUUAUGUGGGAUGUUUCUCGCUACUUCCUGUGCAUUACUUCUUGAACUCGUGUGGUACGUAUAUCAUCUGGACGGAAUAUCAUUGUGAACGAACUGCAACAAAAUGGCAGAGCUGAAGGAAUUAAAGGCGGAAUUGGAUAGAUUAAGACAAGAAGUCCAACGAAUAGACAGUGAGACUGCGCGCGCUGACAGAUUGGAGAAAGAAUUGUUGAGAACCAAACAGGAAUUUGAAUCAUAUACCAGCUCUCCGAAAACUGUCUACAUUAACAAAAACAGAAAAUUGGAUAAAUUCUCAGGGAGACCUGUAAAAGAGACAGAUCCAACAGCAGAAGAGUGGAUAGAGGAUGCGAUACACCAUUUAAAAACCAUUACCGGAAGUGACGCUCAAGUAGAGUUUUUAUAUGCGCACUUGCAGGGACAAGCAAAAGACGAAAUUCGUAUAAGGUCAGAAACUGAAAAAUCCUCCGCAACAAAAAUUUUGGAAAUAUUAAGAACAACAUUUCAAGAAGCCGAAACUGUUGGACAGUUACAACAGAGGUUUUAUCAAAGAAAUCAAAACAAAGGAGAGACUUUACAAGAAUAUUCUUUGGUGUUAUUGAAAUUGAUGGACAGAAUUGUGAAGAAGGAUAGAGUCAUAGUCGGUGAUAGAGACUUGAUGUUAAAAGAAAGAUUCACAGAUGGUGUGGUUGACAUUCAGCUGCGGCGGGAGAUGCGCAGAUACAUGUUUGAACAUAAGGAUGUAUCCUUUACUGAUUUCAGGCAGUUAGUAAUUCGCUGGACGGAGGACGAGACAAUACCAUCUCGACAUAAAAGCGUGUCUGUCUCGGAACAGGAAGUGUGUGUCACUAAUGAUGAACUCAAAACUAAAGAGUCCUCUGCUACAUCAGCAGUAACUGCCAUGUUGCAAAGUCAACAAGAAAUGCUAGCGAAACAACAGCAGCAAUUGGACGCACUUACAAAGCUAGUAGGGGGCGGAACAAAUAGCUUUGUUAAAGGAACUGGUCGAGGCCGAGGUAGAGGAGCAAUAAAGUGCUAUAACUGUGGAGGUCGUGGACAUGUUAGUAGGGAAUGUCCUACAGAACGAAAACCUGGACAACAACAGAAACAGUAUGGUAAUAAUGGUGGACACCAAUAUAACAGAAAGCAAGAAACAGGAAAGCGGGAUUUAAACGCUCAGAACCCACUGUAG